GAGGGUCGAGGUGUGUUUUAUGUUCUGUGUGUGUCUGUGGCCAUUUUUAUUGCUUAAAUGUGUAUAUUUGUCGGCGACUCCUUCAGCUGAUUUUGUCCCUUAAUUAAAUUGUAAAUUCAGUGUUUUUGUGUAUUUUUAUAAUUGAAUAAACGUGAUAAGGUGUAAACAUGGACGAAAAAAAGUAUAGAAUAAUGGAGAAUAUCCUAAAUAAAAUUAAUCAAAAAUGCAUCCAAUUGGAAACAAGUGAAACCAAAGUAUAUCAAACGAUUAUGACUAGUGUAACCAACGAACUUGUUAAUGAACUGAAAAAAGAUGCAACUUUUAAAAUCCUGUAUGAAAGAAUGUUUUUCGGUGGAAGUUAUUACGAUAACUUAAAAGUGGGUAAAGCCGAAGAGUACGAUUUGGACUUGGUACUAAAUUUGCCCGUUGUUAUUAGCCCCAAAGUAGAACAUAGCAAUAAACACGGGUUUGUUUAUUGUCGCAUCCAAGAAUUUGAAAAAUUAUUAAAAAGGGCCGAAAAAGAUCCACUGUUGAUAAUUCACUCUUUCUUAGAUAAACAAAAUUAUUUAUCCACAGUUAAAAUUUUCUCCUGGAUGCAAAGUAUUUUGAACAAGGCUCUUAAUGAGAUGUCAAGGGAUGGAACCAAGACUAUUUUUACUGUGACUAUUGGCGAGGAACGAAUUACUGUUUUUGGAAGUUUGAAAACUAAAGCCCCAGCUUUUACAUUUAACAUUACUGGAAAUUAUAAAGGGCAAGCAAUAGAUGUAGAUAUUGAUUUGGUACCUUGCUUUCAAUUUCAAGCCAAACACCACUGGCCCGCUUCACCCUACAAACCAAAUCCAUCUGAAAUAAGGAAAACAUUCCUUAUUGUUCCAAAAAAGCCGUACGAUGUUAAGGACGGUUCCAUCGAGAGGUAUUGGAGACUUUCCUUUCAGGAACAGGAAAGAGAGAUGAUUAACAAGGAUUACAAAGCCUUGAAGUCUACUGUAAAGUUGCUAAAGAAACUACGUGAUCAGCAGAAACACGUCAAAAUAGCCAGUUACUUUAUUAAAACGAUAUUUCUAUUGGAGGUUGAAAAACAUCAAGAAUGUUCCUAUUGGUCCAGACCACUUAGUAUUGUGUUUAUGACGAUGUUAAGAACAUAUCAAAAAGCCCUUGAAGACGGCAACAUUCCUUAUUUCUGGAACAGAAAGUUUAACCUUAUCGGACAUCUUAAACCGGCCACGUUAAGCGACAUGGCAAACUUUUUAAAAAGGAUUAUCAAUGAUAUUGAUAAAAAUAUUUCUGAAGAUCCAUUUGUGGUUGCGAAAUACUUAACAUCAACAUCAGAAAUGGAAAUGCUCAAAGAGGAAGUGGAUUUGGGAAAAAAGAAUAAGAAAAAUAUGGAAAAUAAUAAUGCUAAUGCAACCCAACCACUGCAAUGUGAAAAUAAUGGCGAAGUAAGAAAAUCUUCACCACCCAGAGUGCUUCCGGUAGUUCAAAAUGGCGAAUCCAUGUGUAGUAGCAGUGAAAAUAAGUUAGAUGUAAAAUUGCAACAAAUUCUCUCAUCUUUAGGAAAGAUUCAGUCUGAUCAAGCGAAAAUUUUAAAAAGUAUUGAAUUGAUGGACAAAAGACUUGAGGUUGUUGAAGCUAAAAUUAAUAAGGAACAAAGUUCCUUAGACCCUAUUGAUUCAAUAUUAUUUGACAGAUUACAUUUGACUGCCACUCAACCCAAUCAAGACGCCGUUUUUGAUUUAUUAAACUGAUUAUUUAACGUUAUUUUUUAAUUAUUUUAACUUUUAUACUUCUUAUAGACCUAUCCCUUUAAAUGUCUGUUUAUAAAUAUACUUAUACUUACUAUUAUACAAUACAAAAUAUUCAUUAGGUAUACCUAUAGCUUAGCUGAUAUCUCGCAGUAAACACAAAACUGGAUGAAAGAAAUAGGUAUAUUUACUGUUAUUUUAAAAUUUUAAGAAUCAACACAAAAACCUAUACGCUUAUUUAUUUUAUAUAAAAUUUUUUUAAGACAAGUUAUAAGCCACCAAUCUGGUAUUUGUUGGAAGUUUUUAGGUGAUGACUGAUUGUAUUUUAACUUUUUUGCUGAUAUAGGAAUAUCUUUAUGUUAAAAUAUAUAACAAUAUUAUAUAUGUGAUAUAAUAUUAUAUAUGCAAAAACUACUUAAGCCACUUAGUUUUUUAAUAUUUCAUUGUUUUAAGUCUUAAUAAAUAUUUUACUUAUGAA